AUGGCCUCAGACUCCACAGCUACUAAGAAGCUGAGGGAGGAAGCCUCCUGCUCCAUCUGCCAACAGCUGAUGGUUGAGCCCGUGAGCAUCAACUGUGGACACAGCUUCUGCCGCAUGUGCAUAGUGAAUUUUGUUGAGAAUCAGAAAGAGAUGUCGUCAGUGGAGACAUUUUCCUGUCCUGAGUGUCACACUCCAUUUCAGAAGGAAAGCAUCCGGCCCAUAAAACAGCUGGAAAUCCUUAUUGAAACCAUCAAGGAAAUGGAGCGUGAGAAGCUGUGUGAGGAACACGGAGAGCCAUUCCACCUGUUCUGCCAAGAUGAUGGUCAGCUCAUCUGCUGGUACUGUGAGCGCACACCACAGCACAAAGGACACAACACAGAUCUUUUAAAGGAUGCAUGCCAGUUCUACCAGAAAAAGUUCCAGGAAGCUGUCAUAAAGCUGAGGAAACUGGAAGACCAAUGUAAGAGAUGGAAGUUGAACACAAGAGAUCAUAUAAUAAAAUGGGAGGAGAAGAUAAAGCUUAGAAAACAGAAAAUCCAGUCUGAUUUUAAGAAUCUUUACUGUUUCCUGCAUGAAGAGGAAAAGUCUUUUCUGUGGAAAUUAGAGAAUGAAAAAGAGCAAGUUCUGAAGAGACUGCAGGACUGUGAAGCUAAGCUGGAUAAGCAGAGCGAGGAACUCAAGAAAUACAUCAUGGAACUGGAGAGAAAAUGUCAGGGCUCAGCCCAGAAAUUGCUCCAGGAUGUGAAAGGCACCUUGAGCAGGAGUUCAGCCGUCAAGCUAAAAACACCAGAAGUUCCCUCUUUGGAAGUCCACACUGAAUGCAGUGUUUCUAAACUUUACUUUGAUAUGAGAAAAUUUUUAGAGAGAUAUGAAGCCAGUGUGAUUCUGGAUCCGGGUACAGCUCAUAGUGAAUUAAUUCUGUCUGAUAAUGGAAGACAAGUGACUCGUGGAUCCAUCCAGAUGAAGUCUAAUAUUCCUGAGAGGUUUCGAGUUUUACCUUGUGUCCUGGGUCACGACAUCUUCAUCACUGGGAGACAUUACUUUGAAGUGUACAUGGGGAAAGGAACUGAGUGGGAUGUAGGACUCUGCGUGGAAAAUGUGCCCAGGGACAGUGACAUGACCCUGAAGCCCCAGUUUGGAUUCUGGGCCAUCAGACGUUGUAAACAGUAUGGCUAUGUUGCCCUGACCUCUCCCCGAACUCCUCUUCAGCUUAGAGAGGAGCUGGAGUUUGUGGGGGUUUUCCUGGACCGGGAAGCUGGACUUGUCUCCUUUUACAACAUGAAUACUGGCUCCCACAUCUUCACCUUCCCCAAGGCUUCUUUCUCUUAUAAUCUUAGACCCUACUUCCGAGUUGGUAAAGAUUCUCUGUUGUCAUUGCGUUCAUCCAGACAUGUAAAUAAAGAAGCCGAUUCUCCAUCUUCUCUAGUUUAG